CACAGGCAUUCAGAUCAGUUUUGCUUCUAACGAUUGGCCAGAUACAAGUCAGUAACCAAAUAUAUCGAUAUGUCGCUUAGCGAAUCGAUUUGACUGCCAUCUCUAACGGAGAGCGCGGAAAACAAACGAGCACGCGCAGAACGGUAAAUCGGUCCCAACAAAAUAAACUUUCAGAAUCCUGCGAGAGAGUCUUAAAAAGAAAGCUACCGCCUCUGGCCCGGAGUCUCGAAAGGAUAAAACCAGAGCUGACUGCAAGGACAACAAACCGCAAUGAGCAGAAGAAGCAGCAACCAGGAACCGAUUCUUAAAUCAGAGAAGAUGCAGCGCUACUACGCUGAACGCGAGACCACAGGACCCGAGUUCGACGAUCGCCUGAUAAAGCUGGUGCGCUCUAAUCCGGCCAUCUACGAUGUCAGCCAUCCGCAUUAUCGGCGUAAUCCGGUCCGUGUGGACAUAUGGGAUCGAAUUGCCACCGAACUGGGCGCCUCCUCGCGAUUUCUGCAAACCAAAUGGAAGAACAUACGGUACAACUAUCUACAGGAGAUCAAGGCGAUUGAGACGGGCCAAGCUAAUCCGAAUGUGCGGAAGAGACGCUUCACCGAAGAUUUAUCCUUUCUGCAGAACACGGCCCAGACUUAUAACGUAAAGAAGUCCCAGAGCUACACGGCGGCACAGAAUGGCAGUGACAACGACAGCAACAGCUUUCUUUACCCGGACCCGGAGCACCUCAAGAUCGAUGCCUCCGCGGGCUACGACAUAAUAGAGCUGGACAACAGUGACGAUGGCUCACACAGCGACGACAACGAGAUUGUGCCUGAGCUGCAGCUGGUCAUGGAGCCCAAGGCAGAGCUAUCUUUGCAGGCGACUCUCAACGGCACAAGCAGCAGCAACCACAGUCACGAACAUGACCACGACCAGGACCAUACUCAUGUUAGCUCACCGGCCUCCUCACCCCUGCUUACACCAAUGGUAGUUAUGGGCAACGGCUACGACCAGGACCAACCGCAACAGCAAGAGCAGGGCCAGCAGAACAUCAAGAACAGCUCGCUAUCCAAUGGAGAGGUGACCAUCGAACCAAUAUAUAAGGCAGCGGCCAGCCGGCGCACGAUACCCAGCGAGUUUCUGGUCAAUCCGGCGGCCACGCGCCGAACGUUACCCAGCGAAUUCCUGGUCAAUCCGGCCAAGCGCAAGGCGGCCGCACCCUCUGCGUCAAACCCACCGCUGUCGCCCCUUAGCGAUCCCAUCGAGCUUUAUUGCCUUUCGCUAGUCGACACACUGCGCAGCAUGCCAAGGUCGGAGCGGGAGCGCGUCAAGUUCGAGUUCGCCAGCAUACUGAAAGAUGCCAAGUACAAGGAUGAGUCCUAAGUGGACGACUCCCCGGUUGUCGGAUGCGAUGCUCUAUACUCUAUGCAAUACGUACAAUUUUUGAUUAGUCUUUUUAAUGGUAAAUACAGACAGGACACACUCA